GCCUUACCACACAUCAAAGAACCUGCUUUCCACAGCCAAAAUUCCCAGGCUAAUUAGUGCCCUCGUGUGGCAAAACAAAGCUGGGUCAUUCCGUUUAAACCCAACAAAUGGCCUUUGUGGCCCCAUUUUGAUUUUUUUUUUAUCUGGUAUGUGAAUUACAGAGCUCAGAUUUUUUUUUUUUUUCUCAUUUGAGAUGUAGGACCUUUUUAUAGCAUUCGAAGCAAAAAAUGAUAAUCCAGUGUGUUGUUAUGAGCUGUGCCGUUUUUAUCGUCACAGCUACAUGGUUCACCUGCAUCAUUUUCGCCCCCAAUGACAUCAGCACUAACCGCACCCUCAAGCUGUGACUAACUCCAUAAUCUGAAACUGAACUUUGCAGAAAAAGCUUUCACUGAAGUGUUUUGUUUAUUAGUGUUUAUUUGAGGUGCCAUUGGACAGAAAUUGACUAGUUAAUUCCUUUGAUUUUCUGUAAUUGAAGGCAAGAAAACUCGUAACUAAGUUUGUUUCAGGCUGUACGAUUCAUAUGGACACGGAUCACAGUUUAUUUGAUAACUAAUACAAAUUCCCUUUUCUUUAAUUAUGGGCUAGAUUUCCCUCUUAUUUUCAGUUUGAAAUUUAGCUUAUCAACAGAGACAUAGGGUUCAUCAUCUUUACCAAAGGUGACUAUUUUUGAUUAUUUGGUGUGAUUUGCUCACACCCAACAAAAUAAAUUUGAAUAUGUCAAUUGACCUAAAGUUAGGAAUAGGUCAUGUUGUUCACAGUAUCAGUUUAAACUAAUAUACUCUUAUUAAAAGGGGUUUGCUUUAUGUUUAAAUGUAAUAUAUAAAUGUACUAUAUGAUAAAAAAAAGCAAGUCAAAUUUGUUAGAUUGAUAUCACUGGAUCUAGCAGUAAAUGAAGCAGCCAAUGAAAUGUACCUUGAGAGUUCAUCAGGCUGUGGUUUGCACUGAAGCUGUUUGAUGAGAGAGAGUUUCAUGGGAAGGAAAGAGAACGUUUUCAUGGACUGCAAGCCUCGUAAGUCCUACACCCCGUGGAAUAACCUAAUUUUUGAACAACACUAUUUUAAUUUUGUUUGAAAGCAGUUAAACAGUAAUUUCUUCCCAACAAAAAAAUACCGCCCCCCACGUGGCUUUUCUUGAGGCUUAGAAAUUGCUUUUUUUAUUGGAGUGCUUGUCCAAUGAUGGGGACCAAGUACCAGGCCAAUAUUUUAUAUACAAGUAGUACACAUACAUGCGAUUUUCAUUAUACAAAAUUUUGUUUGUUAUUCCAAGUCCUUUGCUGUAUUUUUGGCGAAAUGUAAUUUGCAGGAAUAACUUUGACCUUGAAAAAAGAAAAGUGUAGCUGGAAUAAUACAAAAGUUACAGCUCACAAAAAAACACUCUGAAUUUCCAUUUUUCUGUCACCCACAGUGCGGUAAAAGCUCUGUAUCUCCAGGGGAAUUAAAAAAAAUAUAUAUUCUGAGCUCUGAAAAGUAUGUCUAAUUCACAUGGUUAUGCAGAAACGUUUCGAAAAUUUGUUGAAUUAAAAUGGAAUGACACAGCUAAUAUGUGCUCCCGGCAGGAAGAUGUGAAACCCUGGCUGAGCAGAGAUGCACAGAAAAGAAUCUUUAGACUGUCGUUCUUCUGAAAUGAAUUCCAACACUGAACUAAGCAGCUGAAUAAUAUACAAGGUUUAACUGACCUGACACAUGUAUUCUCUCAGUGUGUAGAUGUAUUCCUUUUAUUGAAGCUUCCUCCUGAAUUGUAUUUGGGGGGAAUAUUCCUUGAUAUUCUUGGAAUUUAUAUACAUUUGCAUUAUUUUUCAUACUUAAAAAUAUAUUUUACAUUAAGGGCUUAAUUUAAUACCUUAUUUAAGAGUUCACGUUUUGCACUGUAUUGUAUGGAAUUCACUGCACAUGAAAAGUAUAUUUUUUUAAACAUGCAUCAUGUAUAACAGAAAGGUACGUGACUCCUACAACUCAAUAAAAUCUAAUACUAAGUAUUUAAUUAGAAAAAAAACACAAAUGCUAAGUAUUGUAAUUGUGUUAUAUAUUGUGUUUUUCUUAGUAAACUUGUUUGUAAGAACUCUUUUUAUGGUCUUUAUUUACUGUGUAAACUUCAGAUAGGCACUUUAUUAAUCUUCAGAGGGAAAUGAUGACCAUCAGCUUCUGCUAUUUAACAGUGUUUGCUUGAAUCCUUGCAAGGUGGGCAACAUCAUUCAAGGGGCACCAAGGGGCACCAGCACAACUGCACACCCAAGACACCAAGUAUGCUGGAAUUGUCACUGAGUGUUUGAUUUUUUUAAAUCUUGUAAUUGAAGUCUGCGUUUUUAACGUCAGGCUGCCUGAACUGAAUGACAGUAGCAUGCUAGAGGAGUGCAGUUCUGGUCAGCCCGCUAGGUGGCAUAAAAUGGGCUGUGAGACUUGCUGGGAAGGGCACCAGCAGUGAAACUUGCCUAGGGUGCCUCCUGGGCUUUGACCCACACUGGCUCAGUGGGUGACACUCUGGCCUUAUACCUUCAGGGUUAUGGGUUUGAAUCCCACGUUCGGUUGGUGUGUCGACUUUGCAUAUUCGUCCUGUGUUUUGUCGAUUUCCUUUGCGGCCUCUGGUUUGCUUCUACGUUCCAAAGACAUGCAUUCCAGUUAAAUGAGCUUUCUAACUUGUCCAUAAGAUGCCAUAGUGUGUAGCAUCCCCUUGUGCCCUGGGAUCGACUCCAGGCCCUGUGUGACCCAGAUAAGUGGUUGGAAGAUGAAUCGAGUGGGUAUUAUAGAUCUUUUAUAAGCCAUUUCAACAUAGCAUGUGAGAAAACCGUGCGCUUCUUAUAAUGAAUUGCUCUUAUUUUUGAUGUUCUUGAGAAUAUGCUCUUGAUAUUUAAUUUGCUAAAUAGCAAAUUAUGAGCAAAUAACAUCCAGACGACUUCGCCAUUUAUCAUUGAAACAUCUCCAAUGUUUUGUGAGAAUUUUAUCGGCAUAUUAGUUGCAAGACACAUGGUGUACUGAGAUGCUUUCUCAACAAGGUACCUAAAGUUCUCAGGUGUGUCGGGUUGUUCAGCAUCAUACACCUUCAUCCAGGCGACCCAGCCAGGGUUGGUCAGAACCCGACUUGCAUCCCAGCAGCAGCUGCCCACUGAUUGGCCGCCUUGAUCCAUGGCCAUCUAAUGGCUUUCUCUGUUGCGUUCAUCGCAAAUUUUAUGACUCUCCUCUUUGCAGCCCUUGUAAUCCCCAGUACAGAGAAAGUUCUACAAAGUUCUACGGGUUAUAUUCCCAAAUAUAUCCCCCUGUUCCCUAGUUAUUGUAUCUUAGCCUGCCUAAUGUAGCCCAUGCAAAGAUGUGAUUCUGUUCAACAAAACCUAUUGGGCUGAUUAUUGAUGGACACGAAUAUGAUGGGAAUGCAGUUAGCUUCAGUUUCUCAUUGUGCAGUAAUUAGAGAUGGAAGCUUUAGUUUCCAGGACAAAAGGGAAAGGAUGGAGUGGUUUUUUUUUCACGCGACACAGCUCGACUACAUCAAGUUUCCGAUCACCCGGGCAACGGCUGCAGCGACUGGCUUUGUUGAUUCGUCUUCAGUUGGCCUCGAUGAGUGAUUCCCCCGCCGCUGUGUUUCCUAUCCUCCCUGUACCCCAGGGGUUCCGUAAACUAACCUAAACGUAAACAUUGGUGGCUUUACAAACAGACGGGUGAACUUGUAGUCUUCCUGGAAAAGACCUACCAUGUGCAUUGAUGAGAACGCACACUUACUGUAUGUUUUCUCCUUAUAACAUCACAUUCACUGCGGUGGUUUUAGUUAAUAAUCAGAUGCAAUACUCUGCUUCUUUUUUUCUCAGAAAAUGGUUAUAGGUUUGACGGAAAGCUACAUACAGGAUUCCAGCUUUGGAACAGGCUCUAUAAUUAAUUGAUUCGUAAUGUGGUUUUAUGUAUCAUUCCUUUAAUUUGUUCAUUUUAAUGCGUGUAUACGUGCGCACAAGCACAAUGAGGUCAUCUGCAUUUUUUGGAAGGUUUGGCUACACUGAAAUGUUUAAUGAAUAUUGAAUUGCCGAUGUGCAGAUUAUCAUUCUUUAUAACACCAGUACUGUAAGAAAGUAGGGCUGAAUGAUUGCUACUAGUAACAGAGGUGUUGUAAGACCCCAGGGAUGAGAGGAAAUGGUGCAUGGUUCAUUAAAUUCUUACACUUAGUGGUAACUGUACAAGUAACAUGGUUCAGGAAAAAUACAUUACGAAAUAAAAGUAAAUAAGACUCGAUGGUCCUCUUGUGUAUGGAAUUGUGUAAAUUAUGAGCAGCAAAAUUAAAUAUGCACUUUAGGAAAUACGGUAAUGGGUACUUUACCCAAAGAGAUGUUACAAAAAAAAUUCGAAGUGGGAGAGAAAUGCAACAUGAACAUAAAAGCGUCAAGCAGUAGGUCGAAUCGUAGCCCUCUAUCGCGCCAAAAAAUAAACUGAAAUAAACCUAGAUUCCGGAAAAUAAUAGUUGAUCAUGUGACGUGUAUUUGCAUAUCUGAAGUAAAGAAAUGGGAUAUUUCUCGUCUAAUAAAAAAAAAAGAAAAGGAAAAAACGCACAAUCAGUUCUUAUUAAAUAAAUCCUGAUGAUCCUGAUGGCAAACUUCCUAAUUUAAUAGCAGAUUUAUUGUGAUAUUUUACUGGAGUAUAAGUAUCUCGUUCUCUUAAAUGAGAUAUUUACUAAACGAUAGCUUUGUUUCGUGUCUCAUGCAAUACGCCGCCAGGUGCGUUGGGACACGAGGAAGUAUAAAAAAUAAAACAAAAUAUCUUGUACUUUCAGAAAUGAAUGAUUAUGUCCUGUAAAAUGUUCCGUAUGCAUUUUAAACUAGAUAUCUUAGCUUCGUGCCAAUAGGAGGCGCGCGCUUCCGCCGGUCUCUUCCCAGGCAGGUGCAGGGCAGCGGUAUAAAAAGGGGGCCAAGAGAUUUCUGGUCACCUUCAGAGCAUUUACUCCUGCGGUACACUGGUGCGACCAUCUGCUAGUAAAAUGAGUUCCCAGUUGGAGAAGGCCUUGGAGAGCCUCAUCCACGUUUUUCAUAGCUACUCUUCCAAGGAAGGUGACACAUACAAGUUAAGCAAAGGAGAACUGAAGAGUCUCCUACAGGGGGAACUCAAUGGCUUCUUGACGGCCAGUAAAGACCCAAUGGUGGUGGAAAAGAUAAUGAGAGACCUGGAUGCAAACUGUGACGGAGAAGUCGACUUUCAGGAAUUUGUGGUUCUCGUUGCAGCAUUGACUGUGUCCUGUAAUGAAUUCUUUGUUGAAUCCAUGAAGAAAUGAAUCUCCCUCCUUUCAAACUAUCCUUGUUUAAUAAACACCAUAACCUUUCAGA